AUGCCUGCAACAAAGCGUCAGAGACCACCUGCUAGAGCAGCUUCAAAAACAAAAUUAAAUUCAUCCGACAGCAGAAGUUCUCGAUCAAAGAAGCUUCAAGAUGCCGCGUCGUUAAGUGGCGAUUCUGACUUUGAGAUUGAAGCUGAGCUCAGCCCACCAGAGAAUGCCACCAAGAGGCGAAAGACGGCUUCUGCUUCACGUUCAGUAAAACUGGAUGAUACUUUGCGUAAAAGACUCUUUGCUCGAGAUUCCACAGAAACACCAAAAGAGCCAUGCUUGCCGCCUCUUCGACAGCACUCCAUCACAUAUCACAGACCCCUGCUCUUAGACCAAGAUGUCGGGUCUCAAGGUCGUAAAGCCUUGCUUUCGUGGUUCCAUUCCGUUAGCGAAUCGCGAUCCAUGCCAUGGAGGAAACCCUGGAUCAAUCCCAAAAUGAUAUCAGACCCAAUUGAACUCCGAACAACGCUCGAGAAACGCGCCUACGAAGUAUGGAUCAGCGAAAUCAUGCUUCAGCAGACUCGCGUGGCCACCGUCAUUGACUACUGGACUCGCUGGAUGGCCAAAUGGCCAACGAUACAUGAUCUUGCGGCGGCAAAAUCUGAAGAUGUGCUUGCUCAGUGGAGUGGGCUUGGAUAUUACAGCAGAGCAACGAGAAUCCAUGAAGCAGCAAAACUUGCAGUUGGCGAUCCAGACAUGAAAGGUCUUUUACCAUCAUCCGCAAAGGACCUUGAAGCAAAGAUGCCGGGAGUCGGGGCGUACACCGCAGGCGCAAUCUCAUGCAUCGUCUUUGGCAAUCCGAGUGCCAUGGUUGAUGGCAACGUUUUUAGAGUGUUGAGCAGGCAACUGGGCAUACAUGGAAACGUGAAAGCGGACAAAGCUGUCAUCGACACCAUCUGGGCUGCGGCAGAUGCCCUGGUCAAAGCUACAUCAGAGCUGGACGGUGACGAUGGCCUAAUAAACACCGAGCCCAACGACAGGCCAGGACAAUGGGGUCAAGCACUUAUGGAGCUGGGCAGCACAAUCUGCACGCCAAAUCCGAACUGCUCUCAGUGUCCGAUCACAUCGACUUGCCGUGUUUACAAAGAAGGCGAACUUCAGGCCAAGAAGUCAAAGGAAGCUUCUCCUAGGAUUCCAGAUAUCGAAGAUGCCUGCACCUUGUGCGAACCGUUUGAGGGUGACCUUGAAGAUAGUGAUGAUGAUUCGGCACAGGAUAAGAAGCGUGGCAAGGCCAAGAAGCCCGAUGCAAAGCAAAGCAAGCAGGCCACGUUGACAGCUUUUGCGUUUACGAAGAAAACCAUCAGCAGCUCCUCAUCCCUUUCCUCUCCUGCAGCAGCGGCUUCAACAGCUUCCAAAGAGACAAUGGAAGCAAUCACGAGAUACGCGCGCAAAUUUCCUGUCAAGCCCAUAAAAAAAGCUGUCCGCAUAGAGGAAACGCUUGUCUGCGCCAUCCGCCGCGGUGACGGCCAGUAUCUCAUCCAGCGGCGACCACUGAAAGGCUUGUUGGCCGGGCUAUGGGAGUUUCCUAGUAAGCUGCUUGAGGCCUCAGCAAAGAUAGAUAAGAAGAAGCGGGAGCAGCUUUCUGUCGAAUACGUGUCGGGGCUUUUACAUGUCACCAAAGUCGGUAAAAAGCCAAAGGUAUCAUACAAGGGCGAACUGGGCAGCAUAGAUUGGCAAUUUACGCACAUCAAGCUGACAAUGCACGUCCAUCUUUUUACUGUGGGCGAAGAUGCUAUGGUAACUGAGGAUGACGAGGAACAGCCCAGGCAAUGGGUUGCUGAUGUUGCUGGUUUUGAGUCGAUGGGGACGGGGAUGCGGAAAUGCUGGGAUAUGGUGAAGGCAGAGGCUGAAGAGUUGUAA